AUGGAUAGCGUCAUAGACCUUUCCGAUGCCUCCAAGGCUCUGGACCUCAAUAAUAUCCGGUACCAGCUCAUUCGGUUGGAGGAUACUAUUGUCUACCUCCUUAUCGAGAGGACCCAAUUCCCUGUAAAUGCCACCAUUUACAAGCCGGGUGCGGUCCAAAUUCCCAACACCCGGCUCAGCUUCCUAGACUGGCUGCUUGGUGAGCGAGAGAAAAUUGAUUCUCUGAUCCGCCGCUUCGAGUCCCCAGACGAGUACCCCUUCUUCCCAGAAGUCGUUCAGAAGCCUAUCCUUCAACCGCUCAACUACCCCAAGAUCCUGCACAAGAACAACGUCAACGUCAACCAGAAAAUCAAGGACUGCUAUAUCAACCACUUUCUCCCAGCAGCAUGUGCAGAUUUCGGCCGUCAGGAUCGGGGCGAGACGGAGGAGAACUAUGGAUCGUCGGCAACGGCCGACAUUGCCUGCUUACAAGCUCUCUCAAGAAGAAUUCAUUUUGGCAAGUUCGUUGCCGAGUCAAAGUUCCAGUCCGACCCAGAGAAGUUCACAAGGUUGAUCAAGGCGGGAGAUCGUGAGGGGAUCGAUGCUGCUAUUACGAACGCGGCCGUGGAGAAAAAGGUGCUGGAACGUUUAGGGUUGAAGGCCAGGACGUAUGGUACGGAUCCCAGUAUUGGUGCUGAUGGGCAGGGAAAGAUCAAUGCUGAGGCCGUGGUGGCUAUGUACAAGGAUUUCGUUAUUCCGCUCACCAAGGAGGUGGAGGUCGAGUACUUGAUGCAGCGAUUGGAAAAGGAAACGUGA